AUGCGUUUCUCAAACUUCUUUGUCUCAGCCUCUCUGGGGAAUCUCGCUCUCGGCGCAGCCUUCUCUACUGGAAGGCUCGAGAGUCGAAAGAAAGGCCAUGGAACUGAUUGUUCUCUGAACCAGACCACCACGAGUGCUCCUCACAAGAACUUCUGGGGUAGUCUGACUACCCAGGAGACUAAGGAUGUGCUUGCUCUUCUGCAUAGCAAUGCAACAGGCUUCAACUUGACUGCCGCAGCGGAUGCUGGGAGCCGGGAUAACAAGAUCAUGUCGGUUGAGCUCAUGAUGCCCAACAAGACAGACGUCCUCCCUCUCCUCUCAGACAGCACCGGCACACCAGAGCGUUAUGCCCUGGCCUCUCUCAUGUUUGGAGCAGCUGAGAGUGCCUACGUGCAAGAGUUCAAGGUUGGUCCUCUGCCUAUCACCAACGCCUCGUAUGUCAUGCCAUACACUUUCACAAACACACGAGGCGAUGGCAAGAUCCCAGUUGUCAACCCCGACGCUGAAGACUAUGCCAACUUCAAUCUUGAGAUCAUGAAAGGCGCAGAGGACGUCACGAAGCGACUCUGGAAUUUGACCGUCGAGGAUGGACUUCAGAUGCCGCUUGCUUUUGCAGCUCCCCUCACAGUUACAGAAGACAAGGUCAUCAUGUGGCAGGGCUUCAACGCACCCGUCACCAGCAUCUACGACACAAUCUCGCUGCUUCCUCUAGGUUUGUACAUGAGGUCAGAUAUCACAGGCCGUGAUCCCAGCAAGUGGAAGGUGACAGGCUGGGUGUAUAACAACACGUUCUACAAAGACCUCGAUGCCUUCCGCAAGGUCAUUGCUGAGCCUGAUUUCAAGCCGCUGGGAGCCAAUCUGGACCAGCCUUGGGCGCAUACUAACAAGCACGGUGAUGCUCUCCCUCUGGAUGACAGUCCUCCACCCGCGUCUGUUCAGUCUGGCAGGGAGAGAUUUUCUGUUGAUGCGGAGGAGAGUUAUGUUACUUGGAUGGAUUUCGCUUUCUAUGUUAGUAUUACGCGUGAUAACGGGCUGCGACUUUACGACAUUCGAUAUAAGGGCAAGAGGAUCAUGUAUGAGCUUGGACUCGAUGAGGCUAUCGCCCAUUAUGCCGGUAUUGAUCCCGUACAGUCUGGAACCUGCUACUUCGACAGCAUGAAUGGUUUCGGCCCCACCAUGAUCUCUCUCGUCAAGGGCUACGACUGCCCCGCAUACUCACACUACGUCAACGUCACCCAGACCACCGGCGAGACCACAUAUACCCAGAAAGACGGCCUCUGCAUGUUUGAGAUCGACAAGGGCUUCCCCAUUCAACGCCACUCCUGGGCCGGCCACACAACCGUAACAAAGAACAUAGCCUUCAACAUCCGCGCCAUCUACACCAUCGGCAACUACGACUACAUGACCACCUAUCAAUUCCACCUCGACGGCUCCAUCGAGAUCGACGUCCGUGCAUCGGGCUACAUCUCAUCUGCAUUCUACGCCGAGAACGAAGACUAUGGUUUCAAGAUCCACGACAGUCUUUCUGGGUCUCUGCAUGAUCAUGUUAUCACCUUCAAGGCUGAUUUCGAUAUCUUGGGUGAGAAGAAUUCGCUGCAGAAGGUUGCUAUUGAGCCUACGGUUGAGAAGUAA